UCUGCGUUGCUACGCUCAAUUGAGCUAUCAAACAUGCUGCCCGACUGUAAGAGUCCUUUCUGCCGACAUUGUGGAGAAGAGUUUACUUGGCUGAAACGACGUCAUCACUGCCGUUACUGUGGAGGGUCAUAUCACGACAGUUGGGUUUGUGGUGGCUCUUCUGCGCCCUUCAUUACCUGUCUGGGAAAGAGAACUUGUCGAAACUGUAAAGUACUUUUCAAGAACUACAACUUGCUAUUGCAAGGUACUUACUGACAACAACUUAGUCUCGCCCCAGAGUUGCAGUGAGAUGCUCCACACUCACAACUGUGCUCAAUUUAUUCUAUGGAUUGGUGUGGACAGAGAAGAGUGCUUCGUUCACAUUUCCCCUCAGGAGGGAGUGUUUGUUCUUACAUGGCAAAUAACUCAUACUAGGACACCUGGUAACGACUCAACAUUAUCAUUUGUUGAUGUAGACAUUGGGAACAUCCACAAGUUUACCCAGGAAGCAACUCCCACAACACCAAGACAGCUGUUGAUUAGAAUCGACGGAAAGGGAAAAUCUGUUGUGUUAGAGACAACAAAUGAGUCAUUACUGGAAAGAUGGUUUGACGUUUGUAAUGCAGCUUGCAUAGUGUCCCACAUUGUCGCUGAACGUAAUGAGAGAGUCCAAGAAAGACUACAAAGUGAAGACGAAGAGGAACAUAGAAGAAUUAUGGAAAGUAACCGGCAAAGAUGGGCAGAGACAAGAAAUGCUAUGAGGGCAAAACACAAUUUAUAGAGGCAUCAGACCAAAAGCUAAGGGUGGCUGUACUGCAACUUCAAGAGUACAUUUUUAGAGGAUUGUAUGCAGUUUGCAAUUGCCAUGAAUACUUUAACAAGACGCAUAUGCUACACUGCAUUUUGUACUAUCUCUUGACUGAUAAAUGGCACUAGUAGGUGUUUGUACAGUAAAUAUAUA